AUGUCAGAUGUGACGACGCUGCGACUCUGGCCAUCCUGCCUCUGCGCCCUCGACUGGUCCGACGACGGCAUUCUUGCCCUGGCUUCACAUGACAAUGUCGAAUUACUGUUCCCCCACAUUCAAGCACAGGAAUCGGAGCGGGACAUGCCCCAAUGGCAGCAUUUUCCCCUACAGACACCCUGGUUUACCAAGGACGAACUGCCGGCCAGAGAACCAGCGCCUACGGAUAUCUACUCCAUCGGCGAAGAAAUAUCAACCAGCUACACAGUAGCACUAGCAUGGUCUCCGCCUGGACUCGCAAAGCACAGGAAAUGCGCACUUGCUGUCCUGACCUCCAACCUGGUGCUCUCAUUAUGGGAUUCCCAAGGCAAGCCACAGGAUAAGGCGAACUGGGAGCGGAAGCUCAUCGUUAAUCAUGCACUCACCGACUACUUCAAGGCUCCGGAAAGACGCAAGGAGAAGAGUUAUAUUGUCUCCGACAAGGACGAAGCUCUGCGCCUGCGCCAGCGGGUCAGAUGUUUUGCGUGGGCGCCUGCUUCACCGACCGUGGGAGCAUAUGGCACCGUUGGCACCAGAACAUCGUGGCUUCAACACAUGAUUGCGCUCUCCAAUGAUGAUAACCAUAUCGUCAUCAUGGCUGUGGAUUCUCCUGCUUCCAGGUUUCAUGUGGACCAGAGCUGGACUUGCCAAGUUCUCGCUCACUUUGUAAUAGCCCAGGAUCCGGAUGAGGAAGAUUUUGAGCCGACAUUCGAAGACUUGAUGGAUCAGCAGAGACACGUUUCGCACAUUAGUUGGAGUCCCUGGACAGAGACUGGAGAUGGUCUUCAGUCUAUUGUAGCCUACGCUACUAAUAAGGAUGUUCGACUCCGAGCAUUAUCAUACGCCAAUGGCAACAUUGACUUUGGCGCUGAGACGAUCCUGCCCGAUGUGGAGCUCCGUUUCACAGGGCCAAUGACAUGGUCACCGGAAACCGUAGACGGGGCCUUGCUUCUCACUCUCUUCGCCCCUAACGAAGCCAUCUUCCUUACGAUAUUGCCAACCGAUGCCUCAAUUCUGCAACGCCGAAACCACCACCUCGACGGCCGCAUAGACGACAUCUCCGGUUUUGCUUGGGACAACUACCAUCCAUCCCAUCCCAUCAUCCACUUCUCCUCCCACCUCUCAACCACUCGCAAUCCCACAGCCGUUCUCAAGCUAUCUUCCGAUAAUGUAUCUGACAUCUGCACCUUAGAUUGGCCCUAUUGGCGUCAGCAUAUCCGCAACAGCCAGGGGCACUUCAGCGCCGAGAAUGACCUUGGCGGUCAGGCCAACGCAAAAGUAUGGGGCAUAACUGCUUCCCCCUUGGGGGAUUUAGUUGCGUCGUGUCAUUCGUGUCAUCCGACAGAUAUGAUCGAGUACGGCGUUAAUGCUGACAGGAGCACCACCGUUACUAUCACCGAUAUACGAGGCAAAGACGGAGGAGACGACCUCGUGUUCCCCGUCCGAGCGGUGAGUGCCGAAAGCAUCUUUUUCACAGUGCGGAAGUGGAUUGAGAAGAACGUCGAGUCCGCGGAGGAAAUGGCUCCCGUCAAACACGAUGUCUACCAGAAACUGCUGAAAGCGUAUGCUCCAGUUGAAGACCACACGGAUCCACCCAAACUACCUGUCUACAAUGUUGGGUCUAGCCUCACGAAUCUUAUUGCCGCUUUCAAACAUGAAGUCUUCUUCGACCCGAACACUCGUCGAGAUCGCUAUGAGGUACUCUCCUCGCACAUCUGCACACCAAAUCAUACUGCCGAUCUUACUCUGCCCCGCCUGCUCAUCGCCUUUCGCCUCGCCCAAGCCGUCCUGCGCCUCCCGCACUCACUAUCGUCAUCCCACCCCUUCAGUCAGUCCAUCCUCCUCAACCACCGCAGACUAGUCGACCUCGUCCAAUCUCUGUCCUCCUCCUCAGACCUCAAUCAACUUAAUCAACAACAACAACCGGACCCUGAGUCUUCCCACCUUACCGAACCCUGCACUUUCUGUAGUACUCCCAUCCCCUUCACCGACCUCAACAGCGCGGUUUGUCCGAAUGGACACGAGUUUGUGAGAUGCGGUGUUUCGCUGAGGGCGAUCAUGGCGCCGGGAGUGAUGAAGAAGUGCGGGAUCUGUGGGACGGCCGUAUUGGCGGAGGAUGCUGUCCUGAGGGCGGGAGACUGGGAGGAGACUGAAGAGGAUGAGGGAAGUGGCGAGGAGGAAGGACAAAACGAAGAGGAGGAGGGCGAAGCCGAGGCAUCCAGAGGAUCAAUAGGGGAGCAGGGGAAGCAACGACAAGCUCGAGAUGAUGCUCCGAUCAACCUGGCACAAUUGUUGUUUCUCGCUUGUGAUGUUUGCAUUUAUUGCGGAGGAAAAUAUGUCGGAUAA